AUGGGUGUACAUAUUGAGCACAUUGAGCUGUAUCGCCCACUCAGCCCUCCCGAGGAUCAGAAAACCACCAGCGAGGGGUCUCUGAGCUCUCCACCCCCGGAACAAGGACCAUCACCUUCGGUCAAUCGAUACACUUCUUCGCCGGAGCAACAACGAGGAUAUCAUGAUGCUACAGAGCGCCAGAGUCGAUCCUCGGGAUACGUGACACCAUACACAAUGUCUCCUUCGCCCACAUCUUCGGCGUGCGUCGCCUGGAUGGAACCUUGCUCACUUCUCUUACUGCAGCAUUACCUGGAAGAAACAUCCACCUUCCUUGUCGCGAAGCCUGCGCACUACAACCCAUACCUCACGCUGAUUGUGCCCUUAGCAUACUCUGACGACAUUCUCAUGCACGCCGUGUUGGCAUUGAGUGGAACUCAACUCAGCUUCAAGAAGGGCCGAGAUCACCACAUUCACCUCGCUACUAGACGGCAUUACUCUCAGACACUUCGAUCACUUGGUCCCCUUAUUGCCGAGCAAUCGGUCUGUGAAGAUACUGAAAGAGCGUUGCGUAUCGCCCUCGUCUCGCUAAUUCUUUGCUAUGUUGAGGCAAUAUCGGGCGAUGCGGGCGGCGGGGGAAUCUUUCUACAUCUCCGGGCCUGCAGAGAGAUGAUUCUUACAGUUCUUGGUUCAGAGCGCGGCAGGCCUUCGAACGAAGAAACUAGAUCCAUAAAGGGAUUUGUUCUCGAGGUAUACUCGUUCCUGGUCUUGUCCAACAGAAUAACGCCUUAUGACUGCUGCGAUACCGCGCGCAUGAUGCCGCACGACCCAUUUCUGGACUCUCUGGACUUUCUACAAGAAUACAAAACAUUUGGCGUUCUUCUAGGCAGUGUACAAGGACUCUUUGAGCUCAUUCCCCCAGCCUCAAAAUUGGCUCUGGACAGACUUCGUGAAGAACUGGAGGAUAGCCAGAUUGCAGCGGCAGCUCGUCGCAACCGGUGUCACCGGCGUUUCGUAUACGACAAUCUGAUCAUUGUUCUGGAGCAAUGGCGGUCACCAGCAGUCUCUCCUGAAAUGACCGAGUGGUAUCUGGAACAUGAUUGGAUUGGGGAGAUCUACAGGCAAGCCCUACUGAUCUUCGUCAAGAUUAGCAUGUGCGGCUCAGUGGUUGACAAUCCCAAGGUCAUUGCCACAAUUCAGGGCCAUAUCGACGUCGUGAUGCCCCUACUCUUACCGGUCGCCGACUCGCCCUUGGGAACCCUUCUUCUCUGGCCCGUUAUGGUGAUCGGGUCCUGUCUCAUCGCCGAAUGCCAACGCCAAUUCUUCCUCAAUCGGCUGUACAAUGAGACCAAAGUGGUAGUCGCCCAAGUAGUCGAAGCUGGGAAGCUGUUGGAGCUCGUUUGGUAUGACGCCGAUAAGCGGGCGUAUGGCCCCUUUGGUCUGCAUCUCGCGAUGAAAAAGCACAAAAUCAACUUUGGAGUUUCAUGA